AUGUCUCGACAACAGCGGCAUUCCUCCAUCCUCACACCGCAAGGCCUGGAAGGCUGCAUCUUGUUCCUCAAGAAAAUCAAAGACGUCCACAAUUACUAUCUCGAGAAAUAUGACCUUGACUCUUCAGUGUUCUGGCAUCCAGUACUAGUCCUCCAGACUGACGAAGCUACCAAUGAAGCUACGAUAUGUAUCUCCUUGAGACAGCUGACUACACUCAACCAUCGCAACGCAGAAGACUGCUUCCCUUCGUCAGACAUCAAGCUCUACCUUGCCGUAUGGCCGAAGCAUCCGCCUUACUUCGGCCAGCCUCAACUGAACCUCCAAGGUGACGCCACACUUCGCAGGCCAGGUUACAUCAGCAUACGAAGAGAGUACCUCCUCCAUCAAAGCAUGCUGCAGCCUUACGAUUGGGACCAGCUCCCAAACUACUACCGGCUUACUCAGAGAAGCUUUGCAGUCGUUGUCGCUAAACUCGAUACUAUUUCCUACCACACAAGAGUCAAUAAGCUCAACGCUGAAGACUGCUCAAGGAGACUAGCCACAUCCAGAGCAAAGGAGUCUGAGACCCCCACUUCUUUCGGCCAGAUCAAGUUGCUUGUAUCCGUGUUUCUACUGGCUGCUGCUAUGAUCUGGGCAAAGAGCAAGUCAGAUCCAGCCUGUGGUGAAUGGCUUGUCAGAAGAUCCUUCGAGAUAUUAAUGCAGGUGUGGAUAGUGGCUCUCGGUGUAUCUUGGGGAGUUGGGAAAUUGAUCACAAUUGGUCUUGAGAUGCUUGGGAACGCGGUCGGCGUCUGGGGUGAAGGGCUUUUAAGGAGUAUUUGA